ACUCUGCAGUCUGGGAGCCAGGGAAGAGCGGAGAGUGAAGUGGGAAAGUGGAAGCUUCUUCCAAAGCCAGCUACCAGUCUGGCAUAUAGUCUGCAGAGAGGAGAUAGGAUCUUGAGAACAGCAUGGACUUCCUCAGAGGAUUUCUCACUGCCUGGGCACUGUGCCUCCUGCCAGGCUUUACUGACACAUUCAAUAUUGAUAACAAGAGGCCGAGGAUUAUCCCAGGUUCCAAAGAUGCGUUUUUUGGAUAUACAGUACAGCAGCACCAGAUUGGAGACAAGAAAUGGCUAGUGGUGGGAGCCCCAUUUGAAAUGAAUGCAGCUCAGAAGACCGGGGAUAUAUACAGAUGCUCAGUUACCAAUGAAACAUCCAGUGACUGCACAAAGCUUGGGAUUGGCAGGGUGACACUAUCUAAUGUGUCGGAGCGCAAGGAUAACAUGCGUCUGGGAAUGAGUUUAGUCACAAACCCCAAGGACAAUAGUUUUGUGGCUUGCAGCCCUCUGUGGUCUCAUGAGUGUGGAAGUUCUUAUUAUACAACGGGAAUGUGCUCCAGAGUCAACUCCAACUUCCGCUUCUCCAGAAUCGUGGCUCCCGCUUUGCAGAGGUGUCCAACUUUCAUGGAUAUUGUUAUUGUGUUAGAUGGUUCCAACAGCAUCUACCCCUGGGCGGAGGUACAAAGUUUCCUUAUAAGUAUUCUGCAGAAAUUCUACAUCGCCCCUGGGCAGAUACAGGUUGGAGUAUUGCAAUAUGGAGAAGAUGUGGUCCAUGAAUUUCAUCUCAAUAAUUUUCGUUCUGUGAGUGAGGUGGUAGAGGCUGCAAAAGGUAUUGAGCAGAGAGGAGGAACCGAAACACGUACUGCACUUGGCAUUGAGAAAGCAUGCACAGAAGCUUUCCAGCAUGGGGCGAGGAAGGGAGCUAAGAAGGUGAUGAUCGUUAUUACUGAUGGAGAGUCCCAUGAUAGCCCUGACCUGGAGAGAGUGAUAGAGACUUGCGAGAAGGACAAUAUAACGCGCUAUGCAGUGGCAGUACUGGGAUAUUAUAACAGACGAGGGAUUAAUCCUGAAGCUUUCUUGAAUGAGAUCAAGUUUAUUGCCAGUGAUCCCGAUGACAAACACUUCUUUAAUGUGACAGAUGAGGCUGCCUUGAAGGAUAUUGUGGAUGCUCUUGGAGAAAGGAUCUUCAGUCUAGAAGGAGGAACUAACAAGAAUGAGACUUCAUUUGGUUUGGAGAUGUCCCAGGCCGGCUUCUCAUCACAUGUGGUUGAGGAUGGGAUCUUACUGGGUGCGGUGGGAGCCUAUGACUGGAAUGGAGCUGUUCUUAAGGAGACUAGCAGUGGAAAAGUAAUACCAAGAAGAGAAUCGUACCUCAGAGAAUUUCCUGAUGAACUCAAGAACCAUGGAGCUUAUUUGGGUUACACUGUUACUUCUGUGAUGACAUCACAACGUGGCAGGCUGUACGUAGCUGGAGCACCACGCUUCAACCACACAGGGAAAGUGAUCAUCUUCAGCAUGCAAGGCAUGGAUAACCUCAUCAUACAUCAGGCCCUAAAGGGGGAGCAGAUAGGAUCAUAUUUCGGCAGUGAGAUAGACUCGGUGGAUGUGGAUAAUGAUGGAUUAACAGACGUAUUACUUGUCGGAGCUCCAAUGUACUUCAGCGAUGGAUGGGAAAGAGGCCGUGUGUCUGUGUAUGUUCUUAAAGAGAGACGGUUUGUUCAUGACGGAGUCCUGCGAGAUUCGGACAGCUCCCAGAACUCACGCUUUGGAUCCUCUAUUGUCGCUGUGCCGGAUCUCAACCAGGAUUCAUACAAUGAUGUAGUAAUUGGGUCUCCCCUAGAGGAUGAGCACAAGGGAGCUAUUUACAUCUUUCAUGGCAUGAAAAAGAAUAUUCUGAAACGACAUAAACAGCGCAUCUCUGCUGCAGAGCUCUCCCCAGGACUGAAGUACUUUGGAUGCAGUAUUCAUGGAAAGAUGGAUAUGAAUGAUGAUGGGCUAGUAGACCUUGCAGUGGGAUCCAUGGGAAAUGCUGUCCUGUUGUGGACAAGGAGUGUAGUUCAGAUCAAUGCAACCAUUCGUUUUGAGCCUCCGAAAAUCAAUAUGUUCCACAAGGACUGCCACAGAAAUGGACGUGAGGCAACAUGCAUGGCAGCUUUUAUCUGCUUCCUCCCCAUGUUUAAAGCAGCCCAAUUCCAGGGACUGAGUGUGGCCAUUAAAUAUAACGUGACCAUAGAUGAGCGGAGAUACACACCCCGCGCUGUGAUUGAUGACAUAGGAGGGGACAAACACUUUGUGAAAACCCUUCGAGCCACCAGUGGGCACAGCCAGUGCCAGCAACUCAACUUUCAUGUCCUGGAUACAGCUGACUACUCCAAGCCAAUAACCUUUUCUCUGGAGUAUGAGCUUGCUUUUCCCAAUGAAGGACCAGUGCUAGAAGAAGGCUGGCCAACUUCCCAUAAAGUUUCAGUUCCAUUUUGGAACGGAUGUAACCAGGAUGAGAGAUGUGUCCCUGACCUCUCCAUUGAUGUAAAACACGACAUUCCAACAGCAAUGGAGUUUUGUCGGCGCAAUCUCAGAAGAUCCCCAUCAGACUGCGCCACGUUUGUUAGUUCCUUUGAUACGUCUGUCUUCAUCAUUGAGGGAAGUAGAAGACGUGUGGCCCUGGAAGCGAUGUUGGAAAACAAAGGGGAGAAUGCCUACAGCACUGUGCUUAACAUUUCCUGCUCUCGGAACCUGCAGUUUGCCAGCCUGAUUAUUAAGGAGGAAUCAGAUAUUAAGAUUGAAUGUAAGAGGAAUGAACGGACAGCACUCAACAAGAUCUGUAAUGUCAGCUAUCCAUUCUUCCGCUCCAAAGCCAAGGUGGCGUUCCGGUUGGACUUUGAAUUCAGUAAAUCUUUUUUUCUCCCAUCCCUGCAGAUCCACCUCACAGCUAGCAGUGAGAGUGAGGAGCUGGAGGAUACAAGAGCUGACAACAAGGUUCUGCUGAAUUUCAACCUAAAGUAUGAAUCGGAUCUAAUGUUUACCAGGUACUCCACACUGGAUCAAUAUGAAGUAACCUCUGGGGGAUCUGUGGACAGAUACAAUGCAAUCGGACCACCAUUCAACUGUACCUUUAAGAUUCAGAACUUAGGCUUUUUUCCUGAAGAAAUUACCCUGAAGAUCACAGUUCCAAUUGCAACUCGGGGUGGUAAUCGGCUACUUUUGUUACAGGAUUUGAUAAGUGACCAGGUGAAAGCGGAGUGCAACAUUUGGGGCAAUAAUACAGAUUACCGCAGGAAACCAUCAGAAGAAGACUUAAGCCUUCUACCUCAGCUGAAUUACAGUAACUCAGAUGCCGUGUCUAUUGACUGCACAAUGACCCUUGCAUCCAAUCAGGAGGCAGCGUUUAUCUUGCAAGGGCAGCUGUGGAGCAGAUCUUUCCGAGUGAUGAAGUUCCGUUCUUUGAGUCUUGCUCUCUUUGCCACACUAGAGCGGAAAUUCCACAGCCCCUUCAUCUUUCGAGAAGAGGAGCCCACCAGCCAGGUGAUUACAUUUGACAUUUCGAAGCAGGAAGAAUGGGAGGUCCCCAUAUGGAUUAUUGUCAGCAGCACAUUAGGAGGGCUCUUACUCCUGGCACUCUUGGUGCUGGCUCUUUGGAAGCUGGGGUUCUUUAAACGCAGUCAUCAUGAAAGAGAGGAGGAGGACAAGGUCAUGGAGUGAGGACCAGACAGAUGGCUGACUCGCACUCAGCCCUCCACACGCUCAUGUAUAUAGAUUACCCUGGUCACACGGGCUGCAGAGAGAACUAUAUGCAAAUGGCAAACAGGAAUGUGCAAGGAAUGCCUUGAUGAACGGGGCCCACACGUUAUUUUAUUGCUGAACUUUUCAUCGUGGGGCAGGAUGGAUUAUCUGCCCCUACCUCAGAGGCCUAGUUUUCUAUUUAUUUUAAGGAUGACCUAAGGUUCAGUGGCCUUACUGACAAAACUGACAAGUUUUAAUAGGUUCUACUCAGGGGCCAACUUGUCAAUACAAAAACCACUGUUUGCUUACCUGGGAUUUUCUCUUCUAGCAAAAGCAGGGCCCUGUAGGUUGUUUACAGUACAUUCUUCUUUACAACAAUUUAUUUUCUACUAUUUAAUAGGUACCAAGGGUGCCUGUUCUUCUUCAAACAAUGUACUGAUGGACUGGGCCAUUUCUCAUGUGUUGUUAAAUGAUCCAAAAAUAGGGAACUGAUCUGAUACUUAGAAGAAAAAAAAAUAUGGAGGUUCUUAAAGGGACAGGAUACGCCAAUGUUCUAUUAACUGCAUGUAAUAGACACUACUAUAAAGAAAAAUAUGCACAGAUACUGAACUAAAAAUCCAGUAUAAAACCUUUUUUAAACUUACUUAGAAGCUCCCAGUUUAGCACGGUUGAUGGCGUUAGGCUGGGAGAUCCACUGAAAAGGGCUGAGAAAGCAGGAAGAGCAGAACAUCCCCCUUCCCCCCAUUAUACAAACAAGAACAAUUAAGAAUCUGUAGACUUCAGUCUACAUCUGAUACUUUAGGGCUUGGUUAUCAGCACAAUGUAAUUAACAAAAAUAAGCAAAACUAUACAAAAACACUGCCAGAUGGCUAUAUAAAUGGAUCAUCUACAAAAAAAAUAUAUGCAAAGAAAAAUCUAGUGUACAAUGUCCCUUUCUAAAUUUCUCAGAUUAUUUCCUAAAUAAUAGACACCAUCAGACUAUUUGCCUAUAAGUAUGAGACCCUUUUUACCUUGCCAUCAUUUUCUUGUGAUUUUCAAAUUAGAUUUCAAAACUUAUUAUUCUGUAUAACAGAUGGUACAUUUUGGCUGGAGAUUGACAGCUCAAAAAUACCUGAUCUAAUGCUUAAAAAUAUCUGACUUGUGGUUUGAACCCUUGCCGCCGCCACCACCACCCCGGAAAAAUUUUGAUGCUGGAAAACUCAGAAUUACUCCAAUGAGAAGCAGGAAAACACUGCCAGCUCAAUAAAAUUUAGAUUGGGGAGAAUUUUAUUUGCACUGCUUUUGCCAUAAUCAUUGUGGAGAGAUUAUUACACAGAUGCUGAUGUUAUAUUACAUUGUCCCAUCCCUAGAAAAGUGCAUAGGCUUCAGACUGUUUAAAAAGAGCCAUUUACUUCAAAACUUGCUUUUUUUCUAAUGAAGUAUACAAUGUAAGUUAACUUCAGAAAUAUUACACACCUUGUUUUUUUUGUUUUAUUUUUUUUUAACAUUUUUGGUCCUUGGAAUGUACCUUUUUAUGUAGACAGUGUUGUGAAGGGUACUUUGUAUCUCAGUUUUGUUAAAAGUAUCUUCACCUACUGAAAAUAAAAUGUAAAAAAAAAAGUAUGA